AUGGCAUACUGUCAGUCUAUUGGGGUAGAGUUCAUGUUCAUUAAUGACCUGGAGCAGUGCCAGUGGAUCAGACAGAAGUUUGAGAGGCCAGGUGUCAUGCAGUUUACCCUGGAGGAGAAGAGGACCUUGCUGACCAGAAUGGUUCGAUCCACCAAGUUCAAGGAGUUCCUCCAGAGGAAGUGGUCAUCAGAGAAGCGUUUUGGUCUGGAGGGCUGUGAGUCUCUCAUCCCGGCCCUGAAGACCAUCAUCGACAAGUCCAGCAUGAACGGAGUAGAGAGCAUCAUCAUGGGCAUGCCCCACAGGUACUGUUACCAUGGAAAUGUGAAUGUGUUGGCCAAUGUGAUCCGUAAGAAGCUGGAUCAGAUCUUCUGUCAGUUUGACUCCAAGCUGGAAGCUGCUGAUGAGGGUUCUGGAGAUGUGAAGUACCAUUUGGGGAUGUGGCACCGUAGGAUCAACUGGGUCACUGAUAGGAACAUCCCACUGUCACUCAUGGCUAACCCCUCCCAUCUGGAGGCUGUGGACCCCGUGGUGCAGGGCAAGAACAAGGCUGAGCAGUUCUACUGUGGAGACACAGAGGGAAAAAUAGUGAUGUCCAUCCUGCUCCAUGGUGAUGCAGCGUUUGCAGGCCAGGGGGUUGUCUACGAGACCUUCCACCUCUCUGACCUGCCCUCCUACACCACCCACUGCACUGUCCAUGUGGUGGUCAACAACCAGAUUGGUUUCACAACCGACUCCAGGGUGGCGAGGUCAUCAUCCUACCCUACAGACGUGGCCAAGGUGGUCAAUGCCCCCAUCUUCCACGUCAACGCUGAUGACCCCGAGGCCGUCAUGUACGUGUGUAACGUCGCCGCCGAGUGGAGAGCCACCUAUCACAAGGACGUGGUGGUAGACUUGAUGUGUUACAGGCGUAACGGCCACAAUGAGAUGGAUGAUCCCAUGUUCACUCAGCCUCUGAUGUACAAGCAGAUCAAGAAGCAGAAAGGAGUCCUCCAGAAAUACUCUGAGAAACUCCUAGCAGAGAGAGCAGUCAGCAGACUGGACUAUGAGGAGAUAGCCAAGUAUGACAAGAUCUGUGAGGAGGCUCACGCUCGCUCUAAAGACGAGAAGAUUCUACACAUCAAACACUGGCUGGACUCUCCCUGGCCCGGUCAGUGUUUUUUCAGUGUGGACGGCCAGCCUAAGAGUAUGACCAGUCUGUCUACAGGCCUGCCUGAGGAGGAGCUGGUACACAUAGGAUACAUCGCUUCAUCUGUACCUGUGGAAGACUUCACCAUAAACAGAGUUUUGAGUCGUAUACUAACGGGUCGUGUGGCGAUGGUAGGCCAGCGUGUGUGUGACUGGGCUCUAGGAGAGUACAUGGCCUUUGGUUCACUGCUCAAGGAGGGGACACGCAUACGUCUCAGUGGACAGGACGUAGAGAGAGGAACCUUCAGCUCAAUCAGUACUUCACACCAUGUCCUGCAUGACCAGAAGAUUGAUAGGAGGAUCUGUAUCCCCAUGAACCACAUCUCUCCUAACCAGGCUCCAUACACCGUCUGCAACAGCUCUCUGUCGGAGUAUGGAGUACUGGGAUUUGAGCUGGGUUUUGCCAUGGCCAGUCCCAAUGCAUUGUUUAUCUCUGUCUCUCUAAAUGUCGGUGUCCGUUUGGGAAGUUAUCUGAUGACACAAAUGAACAAUAAACGACGUAUCCCAUGAUUCUUCACUCAGGGACCAGAGCACUCCUCGGCCCGACCAGAGAGGUUCCUGCAGAUGUGUAACGAAGAUACCUACCCUAUAUUCUCUACUGAGGAGUUUGCAGUGCGUCAGCUGUAUGACUGUAACUGGAUCAUAGUCAACUGUUCUAUUCCAGCUAACUACUUCCACGUCCCCCGUAGACAAACACUACAACCCUUCAGGAAGUCUUCUCUGCUGCGCCACCCAGAGGCCAAGUCUCUGCUGCGCCACCCAGAGGCCAAGUCCAGCUUUGAUGACAUGCUGCCAGGUACCCACUUCCAGCGUCUGAUCCCAGACAGUGGUCCUGUGUGUGAGAACCCAAAGGGGGUGAAAAGGAUUGUGUUCUGUACUGAGGUCUACUAUGAACUGACCCGAGAACGCAACAACAGAGGCAAUGAUGAUACUGUGGCCAUUGCGCACAUAGAGCAGCUCUCUCCGUUUCCGUUUGACCAGGUGAAAGUGGAGACAGAUCGUUAUCCUAACGCUGACCUGGUGUGGUUCCAGGAAGAACACAAGAACCAGGCUUACUAUGACUAUGUCAAACCCCGCCUACGAACCAACAGACCCGUUUGGUAUGCUGGUCGUGGGCCAGCAGCAGCUCCAGCUACGGGGAACAAAGCAGCUCACCUGGUGGAAUUACAACGUUUCCUAGAUACAGCUUUUAACCUGGAUGCAUUUACUGAACAGUCCUAA